GAUCCAUUGAUUGUAUAUAAGAGGGGGGGCAGUCUGCGCAGACCGUACCACUUUUCUCUCCGUCUCCGCAGCCGGUCCACUUUUUUUUUUCCUGACACACUCACACUCAAAAACUGCUUCAAAAUGACAAUGACACUGGCCUAUUGGGAUAUCCGCGGGUUUGCCCAGCCUAUCCGCCUCAUGCUGGAGUACACUGGUACCAAGUACGAGGAGAAGUUCUACGUCUGCGGUGAAGCUCCAGACUAUGACAAGAGCUGCUGGUUUGACGUAAAAUUCAAACUGGGCUUGGACUUUCCCAAUCUGCCUUACCUGUUGGAUGGAGACAAGAAGGUCGUGCAGAGCAAUGCCAUCAUGAGAUACAUCGCUCGCAAGAGCAAUUUGUGUGGAGAGACUGAGGAUGAGAAGAUCAGAGUAGACAUCCUGGAGAACCAGGUCGUGGACUUCAGAGGGGGCUUUGUGAGAAUGUGCUACACCGAUGUGGACAAGUUGAAGCCAGGAUACCUUGAGGCGCUGCCAGCUUCCCUGAAGCAGUUCUCAGAUUUCCUGGGAGAGAGGAAGUGGUUUGCCGGUGACAAGAUCACUUUUGUGGACUUCAUGAUCUACGAGGUGUUGGAUCAGCACAGGAUGUUUCAUCCUCCAUGUCUGGAUGAGUUCAAGAACCUCAAAGAUUUCCACCACCGUUUUGAGGCUCUGGAUAAGAUCGCUGCCUACUUGAAGUCAAGCAGAUUCAUCAAAGGUCCGGUCAACAACAGGAUGGCCAAAUGGGGAAACAAGAAGGAGUGAAGAAGAAGUACAUUCCUGCCUUAAAGAAAUAAUGCACAGAACAAAACUUGCCAAGGUUCAAUUGACAUAAUAACGAGUUAAUUUAAGCCUAGAUGAAAAUUGGUCUUUGCUAUUGUCUUUUUUUAUAAGUUGUUAAUGAUGUGAUUGUGUAGGUUUAACACAGUCCAACAUUUCUUUUAGUUUCAGAGCUGUCUAAAGAACAAACUGGCAAUUCUUUUAUACUGAUUUGUACUUUAUUUCUGUUUUCAUCACAUCCUGUAAAAUCAAUCCCAGCUGAUUUAAUAAAAGAAAAGAGAAAUGAUAUAAA